UCUCCUCGGUCGGACCGACUCGCCGCCCGCUCCUCCGGUCCCUCCUCGUGCUGUCCUCGCCGUGCACGCGCGUGGUACCCACGGUCGUGAGGAGGAGGAGGAUGUUGCGCGUGAAGGGGAAAUGGCUGCCGAAAACAAGCCGGAAGGACUGAAGAAAGUUCGUAAUCCGGAUCGAAUGUACAGAUCAGCAGUGUGUUAUGCUGGCCAUGGUCCACCUAAGAGUAUCAGUGAUGACACAGAGAUGAACAAUGAACAUGGACAUUUGAAAAUAUACCUGCCCAAGAAGCUGCUUGAAUGUCUACCAAAAUGCACCUCGCUGCCAAAGGAGAGACACCGGUGGAACACUAAUGAG